UUGGGGCCCAGAGGCACCUUAAGGAGAUGUGUCAGGAGACAGUGUGAGCCCACAGGGGGCAGUCAUGGUCCACAUUGGGCAAUAGAAGAAGGCCCAGGGGGGAGAUUGUGUUUUGAUAAACCACCUGCAUCUUAUUUGAGUAUGGGGGCCCCAAAGCGAAGUCAACAUCCCAGACUGUGCCUACUAUGCCUGAGCUAUAGGUCACACCUGGCCUGACUGCAGCCACAGCAACAUGAGUUAAGCAUUCAGUCUUUAAUGUUACACCUGUUCUGAAAGGAAUCUCUGCUACACAAACUGAACGUGCAUAGAUUAACUUACAUUUAGCGUGUUUAUGUUAUACACAUAUGUUCUGGACCCAGGGAUAGAUAGAUAGAUAGAUAGAUAGAUAGAUAGAUAGAUAGAUAGAUAGAUAGAUAGAUAGAUAGAUAGAUAGAUAGAUAGAUAGAUAGAUAGAUAGAUAGAUAGAUAAAUUCUGACUUCAUGUCUUGACUCAGAAAGUGGACAACUGGCUCCCAGACCUUCAGGUUCACUGUGUCGCAUUUACUUUAUGGUCAUUUCAAAAUAGCAUAUUUAAAAAUGUACAUUAAAGUUAAACUGAAGUUAUUUUUCAUUUUUGCUAGGGAUCUGUAAGGACCCACCACUGUAUAGAAGCUGUUUCUAUGGUUUCAUUGUGGCUUAAAAUAUGCAUUGGUGGGAAACACGACAAAACUGUCGAAUGACGUCACCAACUGAGGCAGGUAAAAUAUGGAGAAAGAUGAUCUAAAUACCGUCCGCGCCUAAACACAUUUAAAAUAUUUAUGAAUGGGAAGGACAGCUCUGGUUGCUCCAGCAACUAAAGCCAGAAGUUGUAGUAUCCAUGGUAACAAGGCAAGGUAACGCUAAACCCGAGAAGAGUAGGCUUUGAUCAGUUGAAGCAGCAGCCUGUCCGUUUUAAUACAUCGAACCGGAAGGUCCAAUGCCGCGAAAAGCGCUGAAAGUGUUGGUUGAGUUAAAGUUCAGAGCGGUUUCUUGUCCUGGAGUUCACCUGCAAGCCAAAGAUGAUAUCUACCUCAGCAUGUGCUUCAUGAGCCAGUACCGUCAGUCUAAAUGUCUCCCUGCUGUCUUCCCUCUGCUGUUCCAUGAGAAGAUGAUGUUUGAAAAGAUUUUCAGGCAAGCAGUUGAUCCUGGAGACAUCGCUGUAAUGCUUGAGUAUGAGACGAUCAGAGUUGAGCUGGUGCAGCUGGUUCCCCCUGCAGGGGACACUCUGGCCUGCUUCGAGGAAGACGCUCGACGCUUCUUGUACCCAGAGCCCAGACUGGUUCCCUCCUUCUCUGGAGUGGACCGAAAGAUUCUGAUGACCCGAGCAGCUCACUUUCCAGGCAUCUCUCCGAUGUUGGAGUUCUCCACCAAAACCACCAUCAUUCAGUGCUCAGCUGAUGCAGAGGUCAACAUUUACCCCAACAUACCCUUGAGUCCAGUGGUAAAGAGAAACACAAAGUGCUCCAGCAGACCCAGGACCUGCUCUCCUCAGAGGACACAACCUCAAACCUUUGUAAGGAGAAAAGGUGGCAGGAUGGAAAGAGAAAAAAGGGGCACUUCCAGGUCCCUGUCCCCACUGAGAGCGGGAAACACCCAGCGUCUGGCCCACUUCAGCCUGGACUCUGCAGCUCCUAUCCCAGCAGACAUGGACACAGCCAGCAGCUCCCAGCCUAUGUUGGCUUCGUGGCCAGGAGCCGGUCGAUCUGACUCACCCCUCAGGUCUGCAGUGUUUACAAGCUUCUCUUCACCUUUGAUCAGGUCUUCAUCCAAAGUGAGAUUCUCUCCAAAACCUUUAUCCAUUGGUUUGGUACGGACAUCUUAUAUUCCUCUUUUGGAUGGAAGAAGUUAUGAGGCUGGAGAGAAAUCUGAGGACGACUCAAGCUCUUCACAAACAGAUGAUCCUGUUGACAACCACUGUGGUCCUGACCCUGCAGCACUGUUGCGGCCUUAUAAACAACAAGCCAGGCUCAGCAGGUCUCCAUCCAGUUCUCACAGAGAAUGGGAGGAAGUCCACGAGCGUGUUCGAGGACUCCUGACGACGCCAAAAGCUGUACGUCGACUCGUCUACGGGGCCACAGUGUGUGAGGUGGACAGGGUUUUGGCCAGAAGGUCCAUCUCUCCAGGUCCACCAUGAUGACGUGGCUGGAGCUGCUCUGCUGGGGGCGUCCUGCUGGCCUCAAGCUUCAUGGAUACCAUGUAACUGCAACGUCGCUUGUUUGCUUUUGGUUGUAGAACUUUUUUCAUGUCAGACCCCUCUCUCUCUCUCUCUCUCUCUCUCUCUCUCUCUCCCCUAUAUCAUUUUUUAAAAGACUAUUUUUCCUCCAUGUUGAGAAUUUGUGCUUUUCUGGAUGUAAACCUGUUGAAACUGAUUGUUCAUAUAGUUUAUAUGAUUAUUUUUUGGACGAUGAAAUACUGGAAUAAAUGUUGGUGCAUUUCAAAGCCUCCAAAAUGUAAUGUAAAUGUCAUUUCUGCACAUGACUCAUGAUGUUUAUUUGUUAUAGAUCAGUAUACUCAGCGUAUAUGUUGUAUUAAAGUGUCAUUGAUCUGUUUUUGGCCUCCAGAGAGCAGUGACUAGACAUUAAAACUAACUCACA